AUGGCAGCACCACAACAACAAGAUCCCCAGCCCAGGAAUAUUUUACGAAGAAGGGACGUGCUGAACGAGCUUAGUGAUGAUGAGCUCAUCCAGAGAUACCGUCUCGACAGGGAGGGUAUACUGUUCGUCACCAAUCUUGUGCGGGAAGCCUUGUCGAGUGACACAAGGAGGAGAAGCCCGCUCACCCCGGAGAUGAAGGUGAUCCUGACCCUGCGGUAUCUUGCCACGGGGAACAUGCGAAUGUGCAGCAGCGACGGCCUCGGCCCCUCACAACCCAGCAUCAGCAGGGCCAUCACCCAGACCAUUGAGGCCCUUGUGAACAUCAACAUCAUCAAGCGGUUCAUCAGUUUCCCCACCACCCAAGACGUUACCGAGGCGAACAAGGCAGACUUCAUGAACAUUGCUAAUUUUCCCGGGGUUAUUGGUGUCGUUGAUGGGACACACAUAAGAAUUGUGGCACCAAAGGAGGAGGAAGACGUGUUCGUCAACCGCGAGGGAUAUCACACCCUAAUUUCUCCUCUGUGUAACCCACCUCUGCCGGGUUUGUGGAAGUGUAGUGACAACAUCAAAUUUUUCAGUGGUAUGUGUGUUGGCCAGCCCAUCCCCAUCAAGAUGUCUGGCCAUUAG